GUUGAUUUAGCCAGCGGUCUUUUACCCGGUGUUGCAUAUACCAUAUCAAGUUCAUUGUCAGUUGAUUGAAGUGACUGCAGAGUACCAAGCUUCCAUGCAUUCUCUCGCCUGCUUCGAAUUUCCACUUGCUAGCAUCAUUGCAUUGCUAAAGUCCACUGGUUUCCCUCUUGGUAUUUAUGCAAGCAAGAAAACCACUAAAGGAAUGGACACAAGCAAAGUGACCGAUAAACUCAAAGGUGGCAUGGAUUACGUGAAGAGUAUGUUCCAAGGAAUGGGUGGUAGUGGUAGCGAUCAGCGGUACACCCUGGAUGAACUGAACGAUUACGUUGAUAGAAAGAAAAUUUCCAUGGACAAGGAGAAGAUCAAAUCCUGUUUCCAACCAGAUCAACACGGCAAGAUGGAUCUGAAUGAGUUUUGUAAGAAGAUGUCGGACCAUGUUACUCCCUCUGAGGACUCGGCGCUAAGAAAUCCCAAAAAGAUGGUGGAGUAACUAACUAAUCUAGAUUAGAUAUUAAUCAUAGACUUUAUUCGACUGUUUUAAUUAUUAAAGCAAGUGUAAUAACAGCUCAAUGUUGUUGUAGUUUCUUCGUGGAUAUUAC